AUGCAGCAAGUUUUGGAGAAAUUGACUGAUCUGCCCUCUUCAACGGGGGCAGAAGAAAUUGAUAUUAUAUUCCUGAAGGGAAUAAUGGAAAACCCCAUUGUACGAUCUCUUGCAAAGGCACAUGAACGUCUAGAAGAUACUAAGCUAGAAGCAGUUGGUGACAAUAAUGUGGAACUUAUUCAUGAAAUUCUUGAAGAUAUUAGUCCUUUAGCUAAUGAAGAUAAAACUGUUGAAGAAUUAGUUAAUAUACUUAAAGAGCCUCAUUUUCAGAGUCUUUUAGAAGCACAUGAUAUAGUUGCAGCCAAAUGUUAUGAUUCUCCCCCCUCAAGUCCAGAAAUGAAUUCUGCAGUGAACAAUCAAAUUGCACCAGUUGAUGCCAUCCGCAUGGUUGGAAUUCAUAAAAGAGCCGGGGAACCUUUGGGUGUGACAUUUAAAGUGGAAAAUAAUAAUCUAGUAAUUGCUCGGAUCCUUCAUGGCGGAAUGAUCGAUCGACAAGGUCUUCUCCACGUGGGAGACAUCAUUAAAGAAGUUAAUGGCCACGAAGUGGGAAACAAUCCAAAGGAAUUACAAGAGCUGCUCAAAAGUAUCAGUGGUAGUGUGACUCUUAAGAUACUUCCAAGCUAUAAAGACACAAUCACCCCUCAGCAGGUGUAUGUGAAGUGUCAUUUUGAUUACAAUCCAUUUAAUGAUAAUCUCAUUCCCUGCAAAGAAGCUGGUUUAAAGUUUUCUAAAGGAGAAAUUCUGCAUAUAGUUAACAGGGAAGAUCCAAACUGGUGGCAGGCCAGUCAUGUAAAAGAAGGUGGAAGCGCAGGUCUCAUUCCCAGUCAGUUCUUAGAAGAGAAGAGAAAAAGCCUUUGUUAGAAGGGACUGGGAAGGUUCAGGACAGUUUUGUGGUACAAUUGCAAGCAAGAAAAAGAAAAAGAUGAUGUACCUCACAACAAAAAAUGCAGAAUUUGAUCGUCAUGAAAUACAGAUAUACGAAGAAGUAGCCCGAAUGCCUCCUUUUCAAAGAAAAACACUGGUUUUAAUUGGAGCUCAAGGUGUGGGACGCAGAAGCUUGAAGAAUAGACUGAUUGUCAUGAAUCCUACCCAGUUUGGAACAACUGUUCCAUUCACUUCACGCAAGCCAAGAGAAGAUGAGAAAGAUGGGCAUGCAUACAGAUUUGUCUGCAGAUUGGAAAUGGAAGCAGAUAUAAAAUCUGGAAGGUACUUGGAACACGGCGAGUAUGAAGGCAAUCUCUACGGCACAAAAAUAGAUUCAAUUCAUGAAGUAGUUUUGGCUGGCCGAACGUGUAUAUUGGAUGUUAAUCCACAGGCAUUAAAAGUAUUGCGGACUUCUGAGUUCAUGCCAUAUGUAGUGUUUAUUGCUGCUCCAGAGUUAGACACAUUGCGUGCCAUGCACAAAGCCGUGGUGGAUGCUGGAAUCACGACAAAGCUUCUCACUGAUACUGACCUGAAGAAGACAGUUGAUGAGAGUGCUCGAAUUAUGAGAGCCUAUAACCAUUAUUUUGACCUCACCGUUGUAAAUGACAACUUAGACAAGGCCUUUGAGAAGCUCCAGGCAGCUGUUGAGAAGUUGCGAGUGGAACAGCAGUGGGUUCCAAUUAGCUGGGUCUACUGA